AUGAAGGGAAUAUUUUCUUGUAAAGAUAAAAAUUAUAAAAGCUGCGAUGCGGCGCGAUCGGCCUUUAAAAAUAGGGACAUUGAAGCAUCACGCUCUGAGCACAAUAAGCCAAUGAAUAUUGAGAGCCACAACUCCUCCACAUCCGAAUACAUUAAAUCGAUUGUAUUUGGGGGUCUGGAUGGGAUUAUGACUUGUUUUGCUGUAAUUUCGGCCGCGGCGGGCAGUAACGGAAAUUACACAACUGUUUUGAUUUUUGGGUUUUCUAACGUGAUCGCGGAUGGCUUCACUAUGGGCUUCGGUGAAUACAUAUCCGGAGCUGCCGAGCGAGAAAAUGCCAUGGCUGAACGGAUGCGAGAGGAAUGGGAGGUUGAAAAUGCAUUUGAUAUGGAGGUUGAUGAAAUGAUUCAGAUAUAUAUGGAUAAAGGGUUGUCCUUCGAAGAUGCCAGUACAAUUGUUUCUAUCAUUUCCAAGGAUCACAAAGUAUUUGUCGACUUUAUGAUGGUCGAAGAGCUUGGGCUGCUUCUGGAUAUCGAUGAUCCUCACGGUCCAAAAAAACAAGGCACCGUAAUGGCCAUUUCGUUCAUCUGCUUCGGUUUGGUUCCUUUGUUUGCGUAUUUGUUCGGAAAGGGCCAGGGAAUGGACCGAUUUUUUGUAUUCUCCGCUUUAUUAACAAUGUUUUCCUUGAUUCUUCUUGGAAUUUUAAAAGGUUACUUGGUUGGCAUCAGUAUGUUUAAAUCUGCGUUUCUCAUGGUUUUAAACGGUCUCGCAAGUGGCGUUAUCAGUUUUACGAUAGGUUAUUUGAUUGAGGCGGGAUUACGACGUGAAGUGAGUGUGUAG